GAACUUCCUAUAGUUCGACGAAUACCUCUGAAAAUAAUUUUCAACAACCGAGCUUCAGAAUUUGCCUCAAAAAUCCCAGUAAUUAGUUCAUUUCAGACCGGAAGACGAUGGCGAUGAUGAUGAUGAAGACGGUGACGAUGCAGAGAAGAGCUUCUUCUGCGGCGAUUGUUUCCAUUGCUCGGUCUCACGGAGCAGCGGCUUCAUUAGGUACUCCUGCUCCUGCAGGUUGUACUACUCUUGCAUCAUUCCUCUCUGCAUUCCCAAACCAUAAACCCCAUUUGGCUUUUUAUUCUGCUAUUAGUAGUAAAUUUAAGAGUUCUUCUGAAAAAGCUCUGAAAUUUCAACCUGAAUUAAGGAAUGAUAUUAAUAAUGUCAACAGUCUUGAUGAUGCUUUGAGCUUGUUCGAGCGGAUGGUCCGGAUGAGGCCUCUGCCUUCUGUUAUUCAAUUCAAUCAACUGCUGACUUGUAUUGUUAAGAUGAAGAAUCAUUAUUCUUCAGUUAUUUCCCUUUUUAGAGAUAUGUCUGCCAAGGGCAUUCCUAUUGAUGAUUACACCCUCACUCUUGUGAUUAACUGUUACUGCGUUGUGGGCCGAGUGGAUUUAGCUUUUUCUACAUUGUCUGGCUUCUUCAAACGUGGUUUUGUUCCUAAUGUGGUCACCUUUGGCACUUUACUUAAGGGACUCUUUCGAGAACACAAGGUUCCUGAGGCGCAAGAAUUGUUCAAAAAGAUAAUCAAGGAAAAACUUUGUAAACCCAAUGAAACUAUGUUGGGCAUUGUGAUAGAUGGGCUCUGUAAGGCAGGAAACACUCAAACAGCGAUUGAAUUCCUCAGAGCAAUGGAAAAACGAGGAAGCCCUUGUAAGCCUACUGCAAUUAUUUACAAUACUGUCAUUGACAGCUUGUGCAAGGAUAAAAUGGUUGAUGAAGCUCUUGCCCUCUUACAGGAGAUGAUUGAAAAGGACAUUCCCCCGAAUGUUGUCACUUACAAUUGUUUGAUUCAUGGUCUGUGCAACUUAAGCAGAUGGAAGGAUGUUGACAAGCUCUUUGCUGAGAUGAAGGUUCAUAAUAUUGUUCCAGAUGUUUUUACUUUCAAUAUAGUGGUGGAUGCACUGUGUAAGGAAGGGCAUAUAGAAGAUGCUGAAGAGGUAGUGCACAUCAUGGUUCAGCAAGGUCAAAAUCCCGACCUGGUCACAUACAGUUCCUUAAUGGAUGGGUACUGUUUACAGAGGCGAAUAGAUGACGCAAGUAGAGUUUUCAAUACCAUGGUUGCUAGCGGCUUACACCCAAUCUCCAUGGCUAUGGUAUUCUGAUAAAUGCCUAUUUCAAGGCCAAUAAAGUGGAAGCAGCCAUGAAUCUCUUUCGAGAGAUUCAGCAUAAAGGUUUAACACCUGAUAUUGCUGUUUAUACCACUGUCUUACAAGGGUUAUUUAGUUCAGGAAGGUAUCUUGGUGCACUAGAAAUUUUCAAUGAGAUGCAAGCUUCUGGCAUGAAGCCUAAUUUUCACACUUACUGCGUGAUGUUGGAUGGGUUAUGCAAGACUGGACAUAUCGAUGAAUCAUUGCAGUUAUUCCAUGCAAUGGAAACUGAUGGAACAAAUCUACACAUAGAAAUGUACAAUAUCAUCCUUGAUGGGUUGUGCAAAAGCAAGAGGCUCGAUAGUGCUCGAGAUCUUUUCAACAAUCUCUCCCUUAAAGGAUUGGACCCUAAUGUCAUAACAUACAACACCAUGAUUGCUGGCCUGCUUUCAGAAGGUCUGCUCAUCGAGGGUAAAGAGCUCAUUGAAAAAAUGGAAGAGAAGGGUUGCUUGGCAAAUAGUGUUACAUACAAUGUCAUUCUGCAAGGACUCCUUAAGGGAGGUCAUUAUGAUGAUGCGAUGGUCUAUCAUGAAGAAAUGGUCCAUAGAGGAUUCUUGCUGGAUGCAUCUACGUUUUCCAUUUUACUUGAUUUAUCUGCUGCGAAUCAGAACAAUCCUUCUGUGCUUUUUUUGAUGCUGAAGAUUGAUCCCGAUAGCAAGAAGUUCAUGGAUGGGGGACAAAGAGGACCUUCACAUUAGUUGUAACAUGUUGGUCGUGCAGUUUUUUGGCCCCUGAUGUUUAAUUUGCUGGUAGAAAUGUUAAUAAGGUUCACAUUUGAUCCUUUUGUCACUUAUCAUCUUUGUUUAGAGGAGGCCUCUUGGUGAUAUUUUGUGAAAUACCUCAGAGAGCAUCGGUCUGGUGGUGAAGCUGCAUUCCUUAGGGAAGUUCAAUUGUUAGGUGUAUCAGUUCACAGACAGUUGGUGCAGUUAAUUGGAUUUGCACGACUUCUUCUCAAGACUUCUUCUCAAGACUUCUUCUUUAUCUUUUCAUGGAGAACUUCAAUGUGGCAUGUCACUUAAGUGGUGGAGCAGGAGAGGGGUGGAAUCUGAAUUGCAGUGUGAUGAUUUGAUGUCAGCUCAAACUGGAUAGAGACAAUUAAUCAGGUACUAUUAGUCACUGAGGUGGAAAUGAGAGAUAUAUGUUGCCUUUGCUAGCUAUUAUUGGGCAUAAUUUGCGGUGAUAACAAUGACCUUUCAGUGAUUGUAAAAUAUCUAUUUGUGCCCAUGAUAGACCACAGACCGGGAGAGAAAGGCCUUGAUUGACUUAGUAGAAAUGAAUUUACUUUCAUACAGCACAUGUCCUGGAGUACUUGCAUGAGCAUUGCAAUACAAAAUUGUACACCAAGAUUUGAAGGCUGGCAACAUCCAUCUGGAUGAUGACUUUGAAGCUUUCUUCAGUGGGUACAAAACUAACACAUUAGGACUCAAGUCUGGGGAACUACGGGACACAUUGCCCCUGAAUAACUGGAAAGCCUUUGGAGAAGACGGAUGUAUUCGGAUAUGGUAUGACCCUUGUAGAACUUGUAACCAGUCAGUGUGCAAUGGAUUUCUGGUUGAAGAGGAGGAUGUAAUAUUGCUAGAUAAGGUCUUGUUUCUGGAGUUACCUGUCUCUAGUUUCAAUCCUGAAUAGAAGUUUCUCGUAGUGUUUGGGUCUUUAUCUUGCACCCAAACACUUGCCGACUUACUGCUUAUAUCUACUGUGGCUGCUAUGAUUUGUACAAAAAGAGAGUAUACAAGAGAGAACCUCUAUGGGCAAGAACUGGGUUGCAUUUCAAGGAAACCCCGAUCUAGAUGAACUUUCGUUUAACAUCCCAUCCAAAGCCAACUUUAAUUUAAAAGAGCUUUAUCCUGCCAUCUAUUGGAUUGUGAUGCUAGACCAAACCAUUUGGGGAUUAAAUUUGAAUUUGGUUGGAUGUUGAACCAAGUUCAUCUGAAUCGAGGCUGGAAUGGAUGUCCAAUGCCUUACCGAAGAACUUGAGCCAUCCUAUGAUUUAUCUUCAGUAGCACCACCAAUAUCACACCACCUCCUCCGCAAUUGCCUAAGUUUUCGCUUGAUUGGGUUUUCUCAAAAAUGCAACUCGAUUUUUUAUUUUUGCUGUAUGCCACGUUGUGUAUAUUUGAUGCAGUAGUUUCUUCCUUUCAGCAUUUAGUUCUCCAAAAGGAUCACCUUACACAACCUUUGGGAUUCACAUCAUUCGUGGCUGUAGCUCUAGAGUGUAUGAAGUAUUACACCAUUUAGUAGUUUAUUUCUUUGCCAAUUAUGAGUUCUGGGAUCAUUUUGGUUUUAUCUUCUACUUUUGAGGAAUAAACAUCUUCUACAAGAAAAUUGGCACCCCUGGCCACCUAACCAAAAAACCUUGUCGCUCUACCUGUUGGUCAGUACACCCUGGAUGUGUUCUGGUUUUGCCUCCUAUAAAUAACAGGAGAAUCAUUGAAUGUUUAGCAUAGCACACUCUUAUGAAUUGCUUUUGGUACUGCAGCACUACUUUCUAAGUUCUUGUUAAAUUGACAAAUGCUAAGUGUUGGUAUAUGAUUUGUGUCCUGCAAAUAUUAUGCCGGGCUAGCUCGAAAAAAUUCGAAGAAUUCUUUUCCACAGAAACUCGUUAAAAUUCACACUAGCAUAAAGCAACUCUAAUGAUUAUGUCUUAAGGUCAUUUAAUCUCUCAUUUGAAUUGAUAGGAAGUUUUGUCUGCAUUUUGGUCAAUUUGUCAGCUAUUAGAUAGAUGACUAGCUAAAACCUAUUGUGAAUUAUAAGAUGUGCUAGAAAGAGAUCAGAAUCCUAAAAUUAGAAAAACUGAUGAAAGUGUUUGGGUAAAAAAGUUUGUUGAGGGACUCUCCUUGUACCUAUUCCUGAUGUAGAUAGCCUCAGUUGAUGCUGUGUGACUCCUUGCUGUGUCAGGCAAAUAAAUAUGUUUAAAUCGGUCAAUAAGUUGCUCAUGGUUGGAUUCUGUCCUUGCAAACUCUCUGUUUCCAUGUAAGU